UCACAAUGCGGCUCCGUUUGGUGAUGAUCCAUUAGUGCCAUUUAAGCGGGCAUGUAGCCAUAGCUCCCCAUACAUACAUUCACGCUGCCGCUCAUCAUGAUCAUGAUCUUGAGCACAGUUUUUUGAAGGGUUAAUGAGCUAACAGAGCGGGCCUGCAGCCAAAGUAAUGGCGAUCCUAGCGGCAUUCAUGCUUCUGUUCCUGCUCGUCGAAUCCGCCACUGCCGGCAAACGGCGGAAAAUCAUCAUCCACGUACCGGUCAAAGUGAAGCAGCAGAAGCAUGUGCACACGGAAGUGAAAACGGUGCACCACCACCACAAGCCGACGGUGAUUAAGGAGGAGAAGAUCGUGAAGAAGGAGGUGCACAAGCCGGUCGUGAUCAAGGAGGAGGUGGAGCACGAACACUUCCACCAUCACUACAAACACGAUCAUCCCACGUUCGAGAUCGACGGCCACGACGCGAACGGACUCGGUUCAAGUCUUAUUUGAUAAGCCACUCAAAAUAAA